CAAUUGCUGUGUAGGGGUAGCAGGGAUCAACAGAAAGUUAUUGAUAAUCAUGGCUUCACGUCCUAAAGGCUUCGGUUUGACAAGAGAGCUUGAAAAUAAGAAACGUCAAGAAUAUGACGAAAGCUUGGCUGAAAAGGUCUGCACUUGGUUCAACGCGGUGUGCCAGGACAGCGAAGACUCCAAGUUUGCCGUCGAUUUUGAAGGCAGUUUCACGUGGGAGUCAGUGCACCAAAAACUCAAGGAUGGCAAGCUUAUAUUGGCGGUGGCAAACAAAAUCUCGCCUGUACAUAAAAAAAAGAUUCAAACUUUAAACUCCCCUUUCAAACUCAUGGAAAACACUGGCAAUUUUCUGUCAAUUGCAGAUAAGAUUGGUGUUUCUGCAACUGACUUAUUUCAAACAUCAUCGCUUUAUGAAGGCACAGACAUGAAGUCGGUUAUCAACGGAUUGGAUGCGUUUGCAAGGAAGACAAUCAAGAUGAAAAUUCCUGGGGUAGCAACCUACUCAGGACCAGUCGAGGCAGAGAAGAAUCAGAGGGAAUUCACCGAAGAACAACUGAAAGCUGGGCAGAAUGUAAUUGGAUUGCAGAUGGGAACGAACAAAGGGGCAAAUGCAUCCGGUGUGAGUUUUGGGGCGUCAAGGAAGAUCAUGGACAUGGGUCACUAGGGUAGACCAAAUUAGUAUGGAGUAAAGUGAAGUAGCGUAAGAUAUCUAGUUUAUUUACUGUGCUAAAUUUCUGAGUAAAAGCUUAAUGAUUAUACCUUUUAUGCAAACCAAA